AUCGGGUCGCUUAAAUCAUUUUGGGAUCUUAAAUGUUUGGGCUUGGGCCUGAUUUAAAAAAAUCAAUACUUGACCCGAUUACGCAAACCCGUUUACGGAAAUACCCAUCUUCAACUGGUUCCGUGAAGAGACGCGCAAAAGACGAUCGAUCAACGUUCAUUUGUGUGAAAUCUGUUAACUUUUUCUGGGGAGAAUUAAUUUUCGUGAAGAUUUUGUAGAAUCGUGAUGGGUUUAUCAAAAGGUAGAUUAAAAGCAUGGUUCAAUAAGAAAAUCACUGAUCCUCUUCUCCAGAUCUUGCGUAGAGGUACUGAGCCAAAGCAGCUUGCUUUCUCUGCUGCACUUGGUAUUACCUUGGGGAUAUUUCCGAUAUGUGGUGUUCCUGUGUUACUAUGUGGAGUAGCUUUUGCCUUGCUCGGAUCAUCUUGUCAUGCUCCGACCGUAAUGUUGGCUAAUAUCAUUGCCACUCCAGUGGAACUAGCUCUCGUGGUUCCUUUCCUAAGACUUGGUGAAAAAGUUACUGGUGGACCUCAUUUUCCUUUGACAUCAGAUGCUCUAAAGAAGGUUUUCACUGGUCAAGCCUCUCAAGAAGUCUUUUUAAGCAUUGGUAAUGCGUUACUAGGGUGGCUCGUAGCAACUCCAUUUUUCUUUAUUACGUUAUACGUUGUAUUGCUGCCAUGUUUCACAAUCCUGGUCCGCAAGUUCGGCGGCGUUGCUUCAACCCAGAAGCUACCUACAAGUAUGGAGACGGAGCUCAACCCAAAGCCAAGAGACGCUUAAAUUCAACAAGACUUAGAAACCUCACUGUUCUUUUUAUCAACACGAAGCCCUCGAAAUUGUAACAUAAAUAUGCAUAGAGACUAAUGUAUAGCGUAUAUACCACACUUGCAUUGUCAAAUUCUCACACUCUUGUUUCUAAACUCAUUUGAAAAUGUUAGUAACCAAAAAUAUUGGUGGUUACAUUUGAACGCCUAAACUUGGUGGUAAAGCCCAUUUUUUAUGGGUUUGUUCUUAUAUUGAUAACUAAAUUGAUUGUGUUUCUGUUAGAGGUAA